AUGCAGUCAGGAUCUCUGCUCUAUCUGGCUGCCUGCCUAUGGAUUCUCAUCACCUCCUCCACAUCUGCUGUAGCUGGGGUGAACCUGGAGGGGGUGCUGUUCCAGGACCUGAUGAAAGGCUACAACAAGAAUGUCCGACCCAUGGAGAAGAGUGGUGAUAUCACACAGGUCACUGUCAAGAUUACCCUCACCAACCUCAUCUCUCUGAAUGAAAAAGAGGAGGCCUUGACAACCAGCGUGUGGAUAGAGAUGAAAUGGUGUGAUUACAGGCUGAGAUGGGAUCAACCCCCUAGGUCUGAUCUCUAUGGCAACCUGACCUCUGAACUCAGAGUCCCCUCUAAGAGCAUCUGGCUGCCUGACAUCAUCUUGGAGAACAAUGUGGACGGUCAGUUUGAGGUGGCGUUGUACUGCAACGCGCUGGUGUCCCCUGACGGGUGUGUGUACUGGCUACCUCCAGCCAUCUACCGUAGCGCCUGUUCCAUCACCGUUAAUUACUUCCCCUUCGACUGGCAGAACUGCACCAUGGUCUUCCGGUCCCAGACCUACAGUGCCAACGAGAUUGAGCUGGUUCUCACCGAGGAGGAUGGCCAGUCCGUGGAGUGGGUGGUCAUCGACCCUGAGGCCUUCACAGAGAAUGGGGAGUGGGUGAUCAGGCACCGGCCAGCUAAGAAGGUGAUCAAUCCUGGCUACAGCAGAGAUGAGCUGGAGCACCAGGAAGUGGUGUUCUUCCUCAUCAUCCAGAGGAAACCCCUCUUCUACAUCAUCAACAUCCUCAUUCCCUGUGUGCUCUUCUCCUCCCUGGGGUUGCUUGUCUACUUCCUACCUGCCAAAGCUGGUGGUCAGAAGUGCACCAUGUCAAUUGCCACUCUGCUGGGCCAGACUGUCUUUCUCUUCCUCAUCGCCAAGAAGGUUCCAGAAACCUCCAAAGCAGUGCCUCUCAUCGGAAAGUAUCUGAUGUUCGUCAUGUCAGUGACCACCAUGGUGGUGAUGAACUGUGUGGUCGUUCUGAACGUGUCUCUGAGGACACCAAACACCCAUAAGAUGACAGAUAGAGUCAGGAAGAUCCUCCUCAACAUCCUGCCUCGCAUGCUGCGGAUGCAGAUGCGUCCAUGGACGCCCGCCGACGACAGCAGCCAGGAGACAGGAAGGAGGACGCGCGGCGGUGCCGGUAGCCGUGACGACGUGCUCCCCUGCCGGCGUCGCAGCUCCCUGUGCCUCAUCGCCAAGGCGGAGGAAUACGUUAUGAAGACGGCGCGGUCGGAACUCAUGUUCAGCCGACUCCGAGAGAGGAACGGCUUGAUGAAGACAGCACUGGAGAAGAUCCACGGGGGUAUGGACGAGGGGUCAGCUGAGCAUCUGGGCGCCAGCCUGGCACAAGCCUCACCACAUCUUCGGCAGUGUGUGGCCUCCUGCCAGCACAUUGCUGAGAGCGCCAAGCACGACAACGACUUCCAGAGCGAGAACGAGGAGUGGUUCCUGGUCGCCCGGGUGAUCGACAGAAUGUGUUUUAUCGUCAUGGCACUGAUGUUUUUCCUGGGGACCAUCGGGAUCUUCCUGACGGGUCAUUUCAACCAGCCGCCCUCCUCCCCUUUCCCCGGCGACCCCCGGAGGUACCUGCCUGAGACGGGGUCGGAGCCGGGUGGCAACCUGACAGCCCUCCCUGGGAACGGGCACGGAGCGUGACCUCCUGGCCUGAUGGAGGACAACAGUCGAGUCUCACACAAACCACAGAAGAGAUCUGAUCUGAUGAUGGUUGGCCGGAGAGAAGUGGGGCUCAGCCGUCGUUCACUGAGGAAGAGGUGGAGGGUGGUGGAGGAGUCUGAGGACUGCUGUGGACCUCUGCUAGGGGCCAAGGGCUGGAGUUUGUGACCAGUCACAGGAUGGCUCUGAGCUAAAAGGCGGUUCAGUGUCCACUUGUUGUACACAGCGGUCUGUAUUGAAAUAUUAGGAUCAUAAGCUGAGUUAGUCCUUGAUGAUAGUGGCUAUGUGAACGUACAGGUA